AGUAAUUAAAUGAUGGGAUGAAGGCAUUAAAACCAUGAAAAAGGGGAAAAAUGCUCUUUUCACCAUCCCUCCUGCGCUAGCCUAUGGUGCAUCUGGCUCCCCUCCAACUAUUCCUCCGAAUGCAACACUCCAGUUUAAUGUCGAGCUUUUGCCUUGGACUAGUGUAAAGGACAUAUGUAAGGAUGGUGGUAUAUUUAAAAAAAUACUUAAGGAGGGGGAAGGAUGGGAAAACCCCAAGGAUCCUGAUGAAGUAUUAGUUAAGUAUGAGGUUCUUCUGGAAGAUGGAAAGGCUGUGGCUAAGUCUGAUGGAGUGGAGUUCAGCAUCAGAGAGGGUCACUAUUGCCCUGCAUUGUCAAAGGCUGUUAAAACCAUGAAGAAGGGAGAGAAAGUUAUUUUGACAGUGAAGCCACAAUAUGGAUUUGGUGAGAAAGGGAAGCCAACAGAUGGUGAUGAAGGAGCAGUUCCACAAAAUGCAACAUUGCAGAUUACUCUCGAGUUAGUCUCUUGGAAGACUGUGUCUGAAGUAACUGAUGACAAGAAAGUGGUGAAGAAGAUACUCAGUGAAGGGCAAGGAUAUGAGCGGCUAAAUGAGGAGGCUGUUGUGAAAGCAGCGGUUAUACCAGCGGUUGCUGGAAUUCGCCGCCAAACCCAAUCGCGGCACUCAUAUCCAUGGCGGUCUACUGAACCGCCGGUCUUUGAUUUUGCGGCGGUUUAA